AUGACUUCUCCAUCUGGUCUUCCUUCCGGCACUCACGAGACACACUACAUGGCAGACCAUCGUCGACGUUCCAGUGAGAUCAUCCCCACUCAGGAUGUUACCGUUCCAGCACAUCUGCUUCGGGCCACGGGUACUCUUGGAUCAAAACGCGACAACACGCAUACUACACACACAGGAGCCUGGGAACCACAAGCGGAGAACCCUUUCCUCGACUCUGAACGAAUCGGAAGCAUCCGUCGUCGUCCCACACAAGACUCUGGCGGCCCACAAAGGAACGGUACUCAGCGCUCUACCAACCUUGAACGCACAGAAACGCAUGGCGAACGAAGGAGGAGUAACCGGUUCUCCUGGUUCAGCAACAGUGGUGCAAAGAGAAACUCGCAACAGAGCGGGGCACUACCAUCACCAACUGAGGAGAACCUGAGACCCUUCCGGACCCUUUCCUACAUCCCUGGGUCAACCGAUGUUCUAGCUCUGAGCCCUCGAGGAAGUCGUGCACCAUCACCAAGCUCACUCAAUAGAGUUCCUACCGCGUCUACAAAGUCAAAGUGGUCCAAUGACGACCCCUUCGCGACGAAACCCAACUCAGUCAGAAGCAGCAGAGACAACCCUUUUGCGACUGAAAACAACUCGGUCCGAAACUCUACAGAUUCCUUGCCUCAGGAGCCUGAAGCCGCACAUCACGCGGGUCGUCCCCGGAAGAACACUCUACAGUCUGUUGUCGAUGGCAUGGUACCCAACGCUCUCAAGCGGAGCAUGACCAAUGCAUCCUACUUCAAAAGGAGUGAGAUGUUUGACACCUACGAGAAGGCGAAGAAGAAGGGAGCAGAGAUCCAACGAAAGAAGUGGGUGCAAAUCACCUUUGAGUACGCCAUCUAUGCUUUCCUGAUACUCUUCGUCUACUUCGUCUUGAUCGGAGUUCCUCUAUGGAACGGUGCUGUGUGGUGGCUUUACUGGGUUGUAUCCACCAAGUUCGUUAUCGCUGGUGGUUUCGGUAUCGUGCUUGGAAUCGCACUAUUUUAUGCGUUCGCUCCUUUACUCAUCCUUUUCGAGAAGGAUCCACCUCCCGCCGACUUCUCUACAGAGACCAAGUUCCAUUCCAACGUUGACGAUACCUGCCUCAUGAUUCCGUGCUAUAAGUCUGCUGGACUCAUUGCCAACACACUCGAAGCUGCCCUGAAGAUCUUCCCUCCAUCGAACAUAUUCGUCAUCGCCAACGGAAACAGCCCGACGCCACUCGACAACACGGAAGAGGUCUGCCGUCCUUACGGCGUGAAUCAUAUCUGGUCGCCAAUCGGAUCGAAGAUCGUUGCUCAAUUUGUUGGUUGUUAUGCUGCGAAGAAUUUCAAGAACGUUUUGCUCAUUGACGAUGACUGUGCGCUGCCUGACAACUUCCCUGUUGUCACUGAGCGCUUGAAUGGCAAGGUCAUGUGCAUUGGCUACACCAUCAAAUCCGUCGGGCCAAACUCUACAAAGGGCAACCUCUGCCAACAAGCUCAGGAUCUCGAGUACAAGCUCAGUGGUAUUCAGCGUGAGUUUGCCGGUAAGGUCGGCUCCGCUACCUUCCCACACGGAGCCAUUUCCCUCUGGGACCGUGAGCUACUUGUCAAGACCUUCCACGAACACCCCGGCUUCAGUGUGUCCGAAGACUGGUUCUUUGGUCAUGUAGCCCGCAAGCUUGGAUGUCGCAUCAAGAUGUGCUCGCAAGUCUUUGUUGAAACCGAAACACCUACCGCUGUUUUCAUCUCUGGCGGUGGCUCCCGUGGUGGUUUCGGUGAGAUGACCAUUUUCUCGCAACGUUUCAAGCGCUGGAACUUCUUCUUCGUCAACGGCAUGUGGUACAACAUGGCAUACAUUCUCGGUAGCUGGAAGCUCGGUUGGUGGGAAAUUGGUGCAAAGAUCUUCGUCUUCCAAGAGGUCUACGAAACUCUGCUCUACCUUCUCACACCUUUCAUCCUACCUAUAUCGUUCUACGUCCGUCCCUCGUUCUGCGGUUACCUUCUCGCCGCCACAAUCGUUAUGUACCUCAUCAACGUCAUCAUCUUCAACGAAGUGCACCUCCGCCGCAAGAACGAGCGUGUUGGCUGGCAGCUCAUGUACAUCUACUACCUACCGUACAAGAUCGUCUUGACCUUUAUCAAUGUCGCAAGCUGCUACUGGUCGCUGUACAAGUACGCCAAAUACUUCGCCAAGCGUCACCCCAAGGUUAUUGAAGACGACAAGGCUGUCGAGGUCGUCAUUCGCCUUGAGGAAGAGAAGGCUGACCCGGAGUGCGGUCUUGGUCGACGAAUGACUGUGCGCACUAUUGGCACACGGUCCCGCGCCAGCAUGGACGAGGGUGACGAGGGUAGGCCCUUGUCCCCUGAUGCCAUCGAUGUUGGAGGUGCUUCUUAUGCGAUCGUUACCGAACCUGAGGAUGUCCACUCUCCUGGUCUUCACCACGCCCCCACUCACCAUGUCAGCCAGACAAGGCCAAGUAGCCCUCUGCUGCAGAGUGAGGGUAUUGCUGCAAGGGAUUACUUUGAUGUAGCACAGGAUGCGAACAUCGAUGUGGAGAAGCAGAACAAGAGAACCAGCCGUUUGAGUGGCUGGAGUCAAAAGUCACAACGCAAGAACGUUUUCUAA